AUGCCUUAUCACCCAGACAAUUUGCGCCGCAAUGGCCAAACGAAUCCAAUUCGACACUUGCGAGCAACACGAGCAGUGUCAACGCGUGCAACAAUCGGCAAAGGCUCGCAGCCAAAUCCACGAGAAGUUUACCACGAUGCCAGUUCGUGA